AUGAAGUCACAGGAAGAGAGAGUCCAGAAAGAGCCCAGGGCAGAGCCCGGGGAGACACUCACAACCCAGGGUGAUAUGGACCAGGGUCCAGGGCAGGAGACCAAGAAGAAGCAGUCAGACAGGGAGGAUGGAGGCUGGUGGAGAAGCUGGCUGCAGCAGAGCUACCAGGUUGUCAAAGAGAAGUCCACAGAAGCCCUGGAAUUCAUGAAACGGGACCUAACUGAAUUCAGCCAGGUGGUACAGCACGACACAGCAUGUACCAUCGCAGCCACUGCCAGCGUGGUCAAGGAAAAGCUGACUACUGAAGGUUCUUCAGGAGCAACAGAGAAGAUGAAGAAAGGGCUAUCUGACUUUCUCGGGGUGAUCUCAGACACAUUUGCCCCUUCCCCUGACAAAACCAUCGAUUGUGAUGUCAUCACCCUGAUGGGCACACCUUCAGGAACCACCGAACUUUAUGAUAGUGCCAAGGCUCGUCUGUACAGCCUGCAGUCAGACCCAGCGACCUACUGCAAUGAACCCGAUGGGCCUCCAGAGCUGUUUGACACCUGGCUAUCUCAGUUCCAUUUGGAGGAAAAGAAAGAAGAGAUCUCCAAUCUGCUCAUCAGCAGCCCCUCCAUCCGGGCUCUCUAUACCAAGAUGGUCCCAGCAGCUGUUUCCCACUCGGAAUUUUGGCACCGAUACUUCUACAGGCUCCACCACUUAGAACAGGAAGAAGCCCGGAGGGAUGCUCUGAAACAACGAGCCGAGCAAAGUGUUUCUGAGGAACCAGGCUGGGAGGAAGAGGAAGAGGGACCCUCAGCAACAUCUCUGCUGAAUGUGCAAGCCCAAGAAGAGGAAAAAGCUGCUAAGCCAGGCCCUGCCCCGACUGCUAAGGGUUUGGCCAGCCAUCCUCACAGUCCUUCUGAGGAGAGUCUGGGAAUUGUGGCUACACCCUCAGCAGAGGUCACCCCAUCAGAGAGUAGCGAGAGCGUCUCACUUGUGACCCAGCUUGUCAACCCUGCUUUUACACCUGAAGCCCCCUCACUGGUGCAGACAGCCCCUGCUAAGGACCUCUCCCAAAAGCUUUUGGAAGCCACUUUGGAAGACCAGGUUCCCACAGCUGAUGCAGGAGAGACGGGUCCACCUCCUGUGGAACGGCCCAAGCCUCCAACCCCCAGCGGGCGUCCAAACAGCUCUGAACCCAAGCCAGUGAUCAGAGUAGAGACUCUGAGAGAGGAGGGACCAACAGACUUACGGGUGUUUGAAUUGAACUCGGAUAGUGGGAAGUCCACGCCUUCCAACAAUGGGAAGAAAGGUUCCAGUACUGACAUCAGUGAAGACUGGGAGAAGGACUUUGAUCUGGACAUGACUGAGGAGGAGGUACAGCUGGCCCUGUCCAAAGCUGACGGAUCUGGAGAGCUGGAAGACGUGGAGUGGGAGGACUGGGAAUGAGGUGGGAGGGCUUAGAGAGAACAGCUCCUCCACACAGGCCCCCACCUCCCUCGAGGCCUGGUCCUGGAUGGCACCACGGACAUUCCUCCAUCACCCAGUGCUGUCUGUUCCAUCGUCUGAGUACAACCCAUGCCCCUCUCCUGGAGAGAAGGCCUCUUCCAGUGCUCUUCCAGGGGUGCUGUCUCUGAGGCCAGACAGUGUCACGUGACCUGUGCCAAUUCUUGCAUAGGGGGAGGGGAAUCCCACCACCACCACCACCUUUGAAGAGUCCAUAUUUCUCUGCUGUAAAUCCACUGCCCUCAAGCAGUACCUGCAGUGGCCUCCUGUCCAUCUGCCUGCUUGUGUAUGUGGAAGCUAAGCCUACAAACCACUUUUGAUCCAGCCCCAGUGGUGCCCUUUGCUCACCUGUUGUCCCCUCCACGUCCUGUCUUUCAGCUAAAAGAAAGGAGGGGACAGCUUCUGACAGCCCCUUUCCUGCCUUAGCUCCAUUUCCAUCUUUUCCCCAGCAGCUACUUUACCUCCCUCAUGUCUUUCCUUACCCUGCCACAGGUGGCCUUCUUUGUCUGAUUCUACUGGCUGGGGAACGAAGGGGAACAUACAUGUUCACUUGUCCUCUGGGGGAUGUGGAGGGUUCCUGUUCCUUAGUGAAAGACUCUGUCUUCGGGGACUCCUCUUCCUUUGCCAGGCCUUUUCUUCUCUGUUCGUAAGGCUCAAGUGAUCUCUGUCUUUCAGAUUCUAAGUGGGUACUAUAGUAGUGACUGGGGACCAAGUGCUGCCCACCACCACCAUCACCACAAUCCUGAUAUUUCAAAACCACCCUCUCCCAGUGCCUCUUACAGCACCUGCUUCUCACACAUUCAAGGAACUGUGUUUCUGAGUGUGAGGACACGCUCUUCUGCCAUUUCUUGCUCUGUUCUCUUCUCCUGCCGCCCUGAGCCAGGAGGAGCAACCUUCAAGCUCUUCUCUUGUUCCUUGGUGGGGGGUGGAAGGACCUUCCCCAGUCCUUUCCCUUGGAGUCUAGGAAACACACCACGUGGAAUGUAACUGCUUCCCAAGCAGGAUAGAAGGUACAGUCACAGUCCCUGAGAACACUCUUCCAGCCUUCAUCGGGUAAGCCAUGAGACCCUCCCCCGUUGCUUCUCCUUGGGGCAUGUGUGGUGGGGCAGGCCCACAGUCAUCCACACCUGCCCCCUGACAACAUUUGGCUAGUGUGGAUUUUUCCCCCUUUCCCUAAAUAUCUCUGGUUCUGGGGAGAUAGGGGCUUCUGUCUUCAUUCUCUCUUUGCCUCCUUCUCUGGGUGGGGAGGGGCUUGCUGGGGUUCCUGUACACCCUCAUGCUGCUUCCUAUUGCUGCCCUGUGGACUCAUGUACAUAGGCCAGUGUGUUUGACAACCAUCGUAAAAGGGUCGAGGUCCUGGGGUAAGGGGAGGGUGGCAGUUAGUCGUGUUCAUCAAGAAAGUCAAGUUGGGGAAAAUGCUGAAUCUUUCUCGGGGGGUGGGAGGGUGGGAGUUUUCUCUUUGUAAUGUUUAGUUUAACCUUUUUGGUUGUUUGUGCAAUAUUAUAUAUUUUAAAUUAUAAUGCAUCUCCCCAGAGCAUUUUGUAGCUGGGAAAAAGAAAAAAAAAGAUUCUAACAGCUGUUAGUUUUGUAAUUUAAAAACCCCACAGAGAAACUUUGUCCCAAACCUUUUGCAGACUCGCAGUUAACAGCUAUUAAAGACAUUCAACAUUA